CAGUUUAGGCGCCGAUGCAUCCACUUCUCACCAUGACUGCCAUCCUCGCAAGACCGAUUUUAAAUGUAGCUGUCUCCCGUCCACCGCCAGCCACCAGAAACCUCUUUACGUUACCUGACCUAUCUUCACUCUCUCCGUUCUCAGACCCAGGAAGAAAGCCAGACGAACCUCAAACAUACCACGAACGCAAAAUCCUGCCAUAUCAACUUAGCGAGCUAUAUAACGUAGUCGCCGAUGUUGCUUCAUAUCCUCGAUUUGUGCCCUUCUGCACUGAUGCACGUAUCUUGAAUAAAUCCACUCCAAUCACCCCAAGGUUAGGUGGACCUAGUUCCCCGCAGACCUUGGCCCGUGUGAUGGAAGCCGAACUGACAGUUGGAUUCCUUUCAUUUCGUGAGAGCUAUAUCAGCAAAGUCACCUGUAAACCGAACGAGUCUGUUGAGGCGGUGGCAUCCUCCUCCACCCCGCUGUUCAAUUCAUUAACAACUACAUGGCGCUUCCAACCGGCAUCCGCUCGUUCCUCACACCCCAGCGCAAGUUCACCCCCACAGAGAGGAUCUUCUCAUCCCCAUUCACACACCGGUCUUCCUGGGGCGAGUAGCCUGUCCUCAGACCCGGACCGUGGUCCCACAUUAGUGACGCUCGACCUUACAUAUGCUUUUGCGAACCCAGUACAUGCGGCCGUGUCCGCGGCGUUCUUUGGCCAGGUCUCGAAGAUGAUGGUGAAUGCAUUCGAAGAACGGUGUUUAGAGGUUUACGGCCCGGGCAGAAAAUGAGGAGAUAAAAUAUACCAAACAAUACCCUUCCCCCUUCCUCUUCCCCUCAGACUACGCCCAUUUUUCUUUGAAUGUGACACGAAAUAGAGGAUUGCAUCCCUAUUUUCUCAAUGCUGUACAUUAGAAAUGAACCUAAACUACCACCUGCAUGCGGUACAUGAUAGGGAACGACGGCAGCGCAUGAAAGCACUGAAUAAGGUUCCAGCAUUUAUCAGUAUAUAGCGAUCUCAUCAUGGCC